AUGGAGGCAACAACACAACAACAAGAAGGAGCGGGUACUCCGAACAACAGAUGGGUGGUGAAGGUGGUGCUGAUCGGGGACGCCUCGGUCGGCAAGUCGUCUCUAGCGAUGCAGUUAUGCCUGAAGAGAUUUUAUGAGGACCACGUGCCCACGAUCGGGGGUUCCUUCUACCAGCGGGUCCUCGUGGCCCCGCCCGACCCCCACUCCCCGCCCCGCGACGUGCGGCUCGACCUGUGGGACACCGCAGGUCAGGAGCGGUUCAGCAGCAUGGCGCCGAUCUUCUACCGCGACGCUCAGGCGGCGUUGGUGACGUUUGAUGUGACGUCGCACUACAGCUUCGACCGAGCGCAGUGGUGGGUCGACGAGCUCAAGCAGAAGGGACCCAAGGACGUGACCAUCAUCUUGGUGGGCAACAAGGUGGACAUUGUCCACGGCCGAGUGGUGAGCGCGGGCAAAGCUGAAGCCUACGUCGCUCAGCACCCUGAGCUGUUGUUCUACACCGAGACAUCAGCCAAGACAGGGUUCGGGGUGACCGAGCUGUUUGAGCGGGUGGCGCGGGAGGUGGUCGCGCGCGGCACGGCCAGGGAGGAGCGACCCCAGCAGGGCCAGAUCAAAGCGCCAGCAGCAUCCUCCUCGCUCUACGGAUCCCUGUGCUGCAGCACCUGA